AACUACAAUAACUAGAUCUAGACCUACUAGACUUACUAGACUAGAUUCUAGAUCUACCACUAUAGAUCUAGAUCUACAUCAUUCUUUUUUAAAGUCUACAGUUAACUACAGUGAAAAUUAUGCAAGAAGUCAAUGUUAAAGUUGCAGUAAGGGUUCGCCCUUUACUACCCAAGGAGAGACUAGGUGGAGAACAAGCUUGUAUUAGAAUAGGUUCCACUCCUAAUCAAGUAGUUGUGGGCACAGAUAAAUCAUUUACAUUUGAUCAUGUUUUGUUUAAUUGUAGUCAGCAGGAAGUGUAUGGUAUGUGUGUUGAGAAUCUAGUUCACAGCAUUUUUGAUGGCUACAAUGCUACUGUAUUUGCCUAUGGACAAACGGGUUCUGGAAAAACAUAUACUAUUGGAGGUGGGGAUAUAACAACUUUAACAGAAGAAGAAUAUGGAAUAAUUCCUCGAGCCUUAACUCACAUGUUCAAGAUUAUGGAGAAAACAGAGAAAAUUACAUUCACAGUGAAUGUAUCUUACAUUGAAAUAUACAUGGAAGAAUUAAGGGACUUAUUGUCUUUAGAUACCUCAUCUAAAGACUUACAUGUUAGAGAAGAUAGUAAAGGGAACACAGUAAUCGUUGGAGCAAGAGAAGUGGAAUGUGAAAACCUUGAUGAAGUAAUGUCUCUACUGGAGUCUGGCUCAUCAGCAAGACACACUGGCUCAACACAAAUGAAUGAACAGUCCAGCAGAUCCCACUCUGUAUUUACAGUAGUCAUUGGUCAAAAAUGGUAUGAAACAGAUCCACUGAAAAGUACUAAAUUUAAGCAGCUAACUGAGCUAGAUGUUCUGGAAAAUGAAGACAUCAACCAUUAUAUGAGUGGGAAAUUUCAUUUUGUUGACUUAGCUGGAUCAGAACGUGCACACAAAACAGGAAAUAUUGGAGACAGAUUUAAAGAAUCAAUUUACAUUAACUCUGGCCUUUUGUCUCUGGGAAAUGUGAUAAGUGCUUUAGGGGAUGUGAAAAAAAAAUCCUCUCAUAUACCAUAUAGGGAAUCUAAAAUUACCAGAUUGUUAAAGGACUCGCUUGGUGGCAAUGCCAAAACAUUGAUGAUUUGUUGUGUGAGUCCUUCUUCAUCCAGUUUUGAUGAAUCUCUCAAUUCCUUAAAAUAUGCCAACCGGGCUAGAAACAUACGAAAUAAACCAGUAAUCAACCGUGAUAUUCAGUCUAUUAGAUUUGAGGAGAUGCAGUGUGAAAUUAAGGCUUUAAGGGAAGAGUUAGCACGGCAAAGAACUACAGUGAGCAUAUUCCCAGAUAUGGAGAACCUACCUAAUCCAAAUUAUACAAAAGAAUUGGAGGAGAAAAUUGUCAAAUUACAGACUGAGUGUGCCCAUUAUAGAAUGAUAGCAGAGGAAGCUUAUAAACAUAUUCUGGAGAUACAAGAAAAGGAUAUUGUUUCAAAAAGUCAAAACUUGCGCCUUAAAGAUUGGAUGGAACUGUUAGAGGAGAUAAAAAACAAAGUACCAUUAAGGCUGAGCCAGGAGCAAAUGCAAAAUGAAACUAUUAAAAAUCUUCAACAAGAACUCAAGAAGUGUCGUUCACAUCUGGAGAGUGAUGAAACAAUAUUUGCUGACAAAACUAGGGAAGUCAAUCAGUUGAAUGAAACCAUUCAAGAUUUGGAGACUUCUAGAGGUUUAAUUGAAAGUCAGUUGGAAGAGCUGAUACAGACAUGUAACAAGCAAGCUGAACAGCUGAUUGCUCAGCAGAUCAGAAUAGAUGAGUUAGAGUCAGCUAUCAAGAACUCUGUAGACCAUUCUAGCUGUACUGAUGAAACAGCUUCACUUCCUACUUACACUGGUCGAAGACCUAAAUCAGUACCAGCUAAAAUGUACACCAGCAAGGAGGAGGCAAAUAUGCUUCGACCUCCAAGCCGUCUUAUUAAAACAAGCCCAGCACUUUUUACUUUAAAUCGUGUAAUGCAAAGCUUCAGAGCUCGAAGCCAGUUGUUGAUAAGUCGAUUGGAAGAUUCUGAUGAAGUUCUACAUCAGACAUUUAGUGAUGAGGAAGAUGAGCAACAUGAAGAAAAUAAUGAAAACUUAAAAAAAGGUACUCAAAUUCAAAGAAGAGACACCUUUAGUAUAAACAGAAUAAAUCAAAACUGUACAAGCAAUCGAAGACACAGCAAAGGAAAUUUACCAGAAAUUGCUGUGUCAAGCAGCCAUGGAAACAACAUUAGAGCCAGCACUCAUCUUGUUGAGGACAUUUCUGAGUUAGCUCGACUCAGCGUUGAGAAUGGGCGGUUAAUUAAUAUGGAUGUCCAGUCUAGUGCUGAGAUUCAUAGAAAGCUUAUUAAACAAUCUCAGCUUAAAGCACUUGAAGCGCACCAAAAGAUUCGUGAUCUGUCAAUUAACAUCAGAAUGAAGGAACAGCUGAUCCGAGAACUUGUCAAGUCAGAGAAAGAUGCAGAGUUAAUGAACAAACAGUAUGCUGAGAAAAUAAAAGGAUUAGAAAAGGAAAAAGAAACUGCAAAAAAAGAGCUUUUUGAAGUGCAAAAAGCUCUCCAGUCUUUAGAAACUAAAGACAAAUCAGAAAUUUCAAAUAUUCAAAAAUUAGAAAUGGAUUACAAAAAGAAGAUAGAAGAAGCAAAAGCUAAAGUAUCUGCUCUACAGAAAAAGCAGAAGGAAACUGAAAAAGUUGCAAACUUUGCUCAUCAGCAUGAAAAAAAAAUCCAGGACUUGGAGCUGGCAAUAGAAAGAAUGAAACAACAACAGGAAUCACUUCAAAAAAAGCUGAAAGAAGAAACUGAUCAAAAAGCUAAGUUAGAGAAAGAAAUGCAGCGUGAAGUGCAAAGAGUUAAAGACCUUGAAAUUCGAGAUGAGCAAAAUCAAAAAGUACUCAAAAGGAAAACAGAAGAGCUUGCAUCUGCAAAAAGACGCCUCCGUUCUGCAUCAGGUGUUCUGCCUCCAAUCACUAGUGAGGAACAGGAGAAGUUGGAAGAGCAAAGAAAAUGGAUUGAUACUGAAGUAGAAAAAGUAUUAGAACAAAGGCGAAAAAAUGAUGAGCUUGAUCAGGAGUUAAAGAGAAGAGAAUCUAUAAUUGCCAAAAAAGAAUCUAUAAUUUCUGAAAAGAUUGAACUGGAAAUGAGAAAAAUGAGAACAAGUCAAGCUUUUAACAAAAAUUUGCUCACAUUAUCAACAAAACUGGAGACAGUAGAGAGAAAACUCGAAGAAAAGAAGAAAGAAUUACCAGAAGUGACGGAGGAUAGAAAGAUGCAAGUAAAAGAAGAAAUUUUAAAGUUACGUCAGACAAGAGACAAGUUAAACAAACAAAGGUCAUUAAUUGAUGACAAACUGAAGGAGGGAAAAAUUUUGUCUGUGGAGGAAGAAAGAAGGUUGAUUGAGAUGGAUGAAGCUAUUGAAGCUCUAGAUGCAGCCAUCCAGUACAAAGAUGAAAAUAUUCAUGUAAGACAGAUGGAAGUCAGACAGUCAUUGCAAGCUUUAGCACAGAGUGAAGAAAGCUUAAUAUUGAGGCUGAAUUCAUUGACAGCUGUUGAGAUCAGAUUACUUCUUUCACGGUAUUUUGACAAGGUUGUUGGUUUAAGGGAUGAAGAAAGAAAACUUAAUCUAAAAUGCAGUGAAAUGGAGGUAAAAAGUGAUGAGCAAGAAAGAUUGAUUAGAGAAUUAGAAGGAGCUUUACAGCGCUCAACAUUAGAGCUUGAUAGGAAAUUAACACAGCAACAGAGAGAAUAUGAACAGAAGAUUCAAUUGUUGAUGCAUCAGCUGACAGAGCUAGGAGGUGAUCCAAAUGGUGGGGAUAAGGAUAUAUCUAAAGAUAAGAUUCAGAAUCUGGAAAAAGAUUUGUACUAUUAUAAGAAGACAGCUAGAGAUCUCAGAAAAAAAAUUAAAGAUCUUCUUACUAGUGGUGGUAUAUCUCCUAGAGCCGCAGAAGAAGUGGGUUUGAUCAGUUGCUCUGUGCAAAGUGUUGAUUCAGAGACACCCACCCCAAGGGAGAGCCAUCAGUAUCAGUCAUCUUCACAUCCAGCAGAACUGAAUCGUAGUACAAACAGAAAUUACAUCAACAGGCACAGAGAUAGCUCAAACCGUAGUGCAGAGCAGGAUUAUUCUUCACGACCAUCUUCUUCUAGAGCAUCACAACUUAAUUUAUCUUCUAGAUCUUCAACUUCAAGAAUACAAAAUGUAAUACAAAAUGAGAACAUAUCAUCUCCAGUCAAAAUAUCCAAACGUGAUCUUAGGCCAAUGUCAGAAGAGGAAGUUUCACUUCGAAGAUCUAAUUUGUCAUCUAAUUGCAAUGGUCAGAUGAUUGCAGAUUCACUUGAAAUAGAUGGCAAUAAUCCCUAAGAUAGAAGAUUCCAGAAUAUACUACAUUUUGCAGAAUAUGUAAUACAAGUUAAACAGUAAUAACUAAGUAUGUACAAGACAGAGACUUUACAAUUGAUUUGUAUGUAGACAGAUUAAUGUAACUUUUUGUGUGAUUGUUUAAACAGACUGAAUGAAUACACAGAGUAAACAAUAAAUUAUGUUCUUUCUACUUUUCUAAAAUAUUUGUAUUUAUUUGAUUAUUUUCUAACUUUCAUGUUAUGUAUUUAUUGGUUAAUGAUACAUUGUUUAUAUUUGCAUAAAUAGAAAUUUAUUUAAUCUACUAGCCACCAAGUGCAUGGCAUUUUCUAAACAAUUCAUUCUGUUUACUAAAAAAAAAACUAUCCUCCUACAAUAAUAAUUCUACAACUAAUUUUGAUAAAAACUGACAUCAGUUAUGAGAGUACUUUGUACUUCUGCUUAUUCUGUGAUAUUAAUUUAUAUUGUGUACUUUUUUUAUAAUCUCAAGAAAAAACUAUUUGCCUUCUCUAAGAUCUGAUGUUUUUUUUGCUGCCAUUUUUGUAUACAUUUUAGAAAAUGAAAAAAAAUUAAUUUUUGUCAGUGUAACUCCAUCCAUUUUACAUUAUAUUUUCUAUUGAAAAAAUUAUACUUUUAAUCCCUCCAUUUUAAAAUAUAAUACACUUUUAAUCAACAUUCCAAGUAUUCUGUUCUCUGAUGAGAGAGUUAUGUUAACUGUCAAACAUGAAAUGGUUCGUAAUGUGUGCUUAGAUGUAGUGUUGAUACUCAACAAUGACCUUAAAUCAAAGACUUGAUUUUCAAUUUAAGAUUUGUUCUCAUGACUUAAAAAAGCAACUUUAUUUAUACUCUAUGGGUUAAAAUUUCUACUGUUAUAAUGAUGUGGUAGUUACUGUAACAAAAGCCAUUAAAAUCUGUAUACCAACAAUUUCAAUUUAAAAAAAUUUUUGUUUUUGAUGUAGUCUGCCGCUUUCUAAUCAAAUUCAGUACUUUUCAAAUCUGGAUCAGCUGCAUAAACAGAGCCAAUACUGAAUAAAUGCCAAUUUUC